GCCCCAACGUAGCACUUACUACUCUACUUACCUAGUAUAGUAUAGGAGGAAACUGGGCCUUGUAACACACUUCGACUGUGAAGUGUGAGAGGAAUCGGGCCCUUGGCUAAGAUAGGUAGGCGCACACUGCCACACACACACGAGGUUAAUGGGCAGAUGGUUCCUACUCAGAAUGGGUAUAACGGCUCCGCGUCAUCCAGUAAGCGCUCAUCAAGCCCAUUAUCCAUGAAGGGCAACGCUGUCUAGUUCCCUUCUUGGGCUCUCCCGCUACGGUGCCGCUGACGGCGGAAGCUCCCAACGGUUGCGGCAUUUCCUUACGAUCCCCUUCAGGGAUUACCGAGAACUGCCGCGUCAACCCCCGUGGUAUUCUGUGUGAUCACAGUGCUUGGCACGUCAAUCCGUCAUCUCCUUGCGUCCUUGAGGGUAUCGAGCCGGUCUUCGGGACCGACCUGCUCGGAGCUGCUCCAGUUCCGUGAGGGAAAAGUCUUCAGACGAAUCCCCAGCCUAAAUACUCACACCACCAACGCACUGUGGUGGCCCGGCAAAAAAGUUCCGUCCUGCUGCGUUGCUUGCACCGAUAUUUCCGACCUAUCGUUUGUCAUUGAUUUGUUUGGCCUUCGCUGCCGUUGACGCACAAUUAGCAAAAGAGAACGCACUUUUCUUGUUGCGAACGAACCAUAGAACGCCAUCUAUCCCACUUCGGAACAGCUUCACAAACGCGGACAGACGCAGAGAGACCUCAGGAUCGCAAGACAACCAGAGAGAGACGGUAUUACCAACCAGCCAGACUACCGCGAAUUCAGUCAAGUCAGACAGACCGUUGCUCGCGAACAAGCAGACUCGCCAAUUCUUGCCCUGUUAUUUUGCCCUUUCUCGGCUUUCACUCAGACGCCAUGGGCCUCACCGUUCUACCCGCUUUAAUCCCCGACAUCCCCCAGGUGUACGAUGCCUAUUUUGCGGCCUUCAAGGGGUCGGUAAUCCUCGACAUCCUGUUUCCGACGGGGAUUGACGAGGCUUUCCGUGAGGGUCAUACGAAACACACUGUCGAGUACUGGCACAAGACCAGCACCCAGUACACCAUCAAGUGCGUUAAUGUCGAGACUGGCGAGGUCGUCGGCAUGGCCCUUUGGGAUGCAUUUCUCAAGGAGCGCACACCAGAGGAGUACAGGAGUCCUGGCGCCGUUUGGCUCCAAGGCGAGCAGAGAGCUCGUGCCGAUGAGUUAAUCAACCCGCUCAGCGCAGCCAAAGAAAAGCUUUGGGCUGGCCGAAAAUACGUUUACUGUCAUAUUAUUGCUGUGAAGCCUGAACACCAAAGAAAAGGCGUAGGCGCCCUUUUGACGAAAUGGGGCCUCGACAUGGCCGAGCUGGCGGGACUUCCCGUUUACCUCGAGUCGUCUGAAGAGGGAUUCGGCCUCUACAAACGCCUGGGUUUUGAAGUGCUCCAAGACAAAAUCGUGCACCGCGGAGGGCUGGUGGGCAAGGAUAAGGACGUUGAAGUUCCUCUGAUGGUGAAGAUGCCGUCUGCCGCCAAGGGUUUGACUUUCGAAGAGUGGCGUGCUCAAGGAUACCCGUCUUUCCAAUAA